GACAGCGUGACGUUUCAGCAGCAGCAGCAGCAGCAGCAACAGCAGUAGCAGCAGCAGCAGCAGCAGCCUCCUCAGCUUCCCUCUCCCUGGAUGUCCAAGAGUCCCCAUGGAUGACCUGACCCAAGCCCUCUCGGCCAGCUUUGCUGUGUCCAAGGAGCCCAACAGUACCGCCGCCCCACACCCUCGGCUGGCCCAGUACAAGAGCAAGUACAGUGUGCUAGAGCAGAGUGAGCGACGGAGGCGCUUCCUUGACCUGCAGAAAAGUAAGCGGUUAAACUACGUCAACCAUGCACGGCGUCUGGCUGAUGGGGACUGGACAGGGGCAGACAGCGAUCCGGAGGAGGACAUGGAGAAAAAGGAGGAGGGGGAACAGCAGCAAGAUGGCAAUGCCGAGGAGGAGGGGAUGGAGAUUGAGAGGAGGAAGCUGCCGAAACAUUAUGCAAACCAGCUCAUGCUGUCAGAGUGGCUGGUGGACGUGCCAUCAGAACUGGACACUGAUUGGCUGAUGGUGGUCUGUCCUGUGGGGAAAAGAUCUCUCAUUGUUGCCUCCAAGGGCUCCACUGCAGCGUACACUAAAAGCGGCUACUGUGUGAACCGUUUCCCCUCCCUGCUGCCCGGUGGGAACCGACACAACUCUGCCAUGGGAAAAGACUACACAAUCCUGGACUGCAUUUACAGCGAAGUGGACAGAACAUACUACAUCCUGGACGUCAUGUGCUGGAGAGGCCACCCGGUCUACGACUGCCCGACUGAGUUCCGUUUCUACUGGCUUCAGUCCAAAGUCCAGGAGACGGACGGCCUAUCAGAGAUCGCCAAACGCAACCCCUUCCGGUUUGUGAGCCUCCAAAGCACAGACUGCACAGCAGAAUCAAUUCAGAAAGCCCUGGCAGCUGAGUACAGCUUCAGCGUGGAUGGUCUCCUUUUCUACCACAGGCAGACCCACUACACUCCUGGUAGCACCCCUCUAGUGGGCUGGCUUCGCCCCUACAUGGUCACUGACAUCCUGGGUAUAGAGGUUCCCGUAGGACCCCUCACCACUAAGCCUGAGUAUGCCAGCCACCAGCUGCAGCAGAUCCUGGAGCACAAAAAAACAUCAAGCGAAGUCCGCCCAGCUAACAGAAGCGGAGGCUACGAGCUAGAGUACCUGUCCACGCCGAGCCAGGACAGUGCGGACUCUCUGAACUUUUUGAAUCAAAAUCCAAUAAGGGAAGCGAACAUGGAGAUCUGAGUGGGAGGCUUAACGAGAUGCAAAUUGCCAACUCAGUGUUUCUGAGUGGCGUCAGCCCACAUAUGGCUCUUUAGAAUGUCUGCUGAAUGGUUCUGCAGAUCUGACCAAUUGCAAAGCAUGGCUAAUUCUAAUCCGGCACUGCUCAGGAUGCCCUCAGCGUGCAGAUUAGUAGAGCUAUGCUGUAUAUGUGUUUUUAUUUUGGCUAAAAACAGUUACAUCUUCACUUUUACCUGCUGCAGAACUUGGAAACAAUUAGUUUCCUUGAGAAUAAUUGCACAGCAUUUAGCCACUAUAAUUACAAUGUCACAGUCUGUUAUGCAGAUCCCUUUCAUAACACCAUAGGUGGUCGCAUGCGAUCAAAAAAAGAGGACAAGAGGUGUCUUAUGUAAGAUUUUGCUGCUCAGCGCUUUGUGCACUUAAAACAGAUCUCACAUAAGAAACAUCUCAUCCUUACUGUUGUCAGUUGUUUGUAGGUUUUCUGACGAUGUCUUUGAUGCGUAUUCACUGAUCGUUCAUUUGAGCAACAGAGUUUAGGAUUCAUUCAUUGUUUUGGAAGUUGAGAUGUUGCUGCCUGGUCAGACCCUGUGAGUUGUCAUCAUGCUGAACAGCAGGAGUGGCAUAGGCUUUUACAGUUAAAUACAAAGUUUAACAUUGCUGAGGUGUUUUAAAGUGUAUGUUUCUAAAUAAAUGUUUUUUUUAUUGGA